AUGCGGGAAACAAUUCCGGAGAUAGAAUUGAGGCGCCAGUUUGUUGACUUUCCCCCUGAAAGACUUGCAGCGGACAUGAUUGAUAGUAUCAACGUUGUCGAAAAAGUCGCGAGAAGGUCAAAAAACUUGAAGGGGACGUUUGUUAAGGAGCUUAAAAUCUCCGUAAACACCCUCAGAGCGGCAGUAUCGGCCUUCACAACAAAGGCCACUGUCCCGGAACUCACCGGGGACGAGGAGACUAAAAGACUCAGGGAGAAGAUCCGGGAUCUCGAAGAUCAACUAACCUCCCUGAGGAACACAAAAAAAGAGACGGUCACGGACAGGACCAAACCCAGAGACAGGGAUGAAGAUAUGGACCUGUCCCUGUACGAGAGGGGAACAACCCCUCCCCCUUCCCCACCUACCACCAUCACCAAGCCGGUGAUAAGAAAGAUGGAGACCUUCAAAGGGGAGGUUACGGUACUCCGCCCUGAUCUCCGGGGGCGUAAAAAACCCCUGGAGGAAAGUAAGGAGGACGUGAUGGAGGGAGUGCGGGGGCCAUGGCCAGACUUCCGGCAAACAACCCCGAACCAAGGAGAGGAGGAAACCCCCGCACUUGAGAAGGCGGGGAGAACUGCUACCCGCGGAGAGACCCAACCCGCCAACAAAGACGGAAAGGGCAAACUCGGGAGCAGAAUAGCGGCCAAGAAGGAAGGACUGGCCACGAAGGGGAGCCAGAAGAAGCCGAAGUCCCAACAGCGGACAUAUAGCCGUCCAAGGAGGGACUCCUCGGGACAGGACCCUUCAAGGAACGUUCAGGCAACUAGGGAACCUUUGAAGGGGAGGCAACCCGCGGCGGAGCCUCCCCAACAUAAGGGGACCUACGCUGAGGCUGCUAAGAAGAAGGCAGAUAAGAAGCCAGCAGCCACCGGUAGCGCCACGAGAGCCCAGCCUGCCACGAGCAAAAGUGGCAAGGGCUCCAGUGGCGCCAAUAAAAGCGAGGGGAUGAAAUCGGGGCCUGCGCAACAGGCGAAAGGACAACAAUCCGCCAGCCAGAAGCGCAGAGCCCCGAGGUCUGAAGCGGUGUCGAUCACCUUCCCCGCGGGCGAAUAUGCCCAGGGGAUGCGUGAGAUAAGGUCCAAGGUGGACCUGGACGCUCUAGGGAUUGGGCCCCUGAAACAAAGAAAGGCCCUCACGGGGGCCCUCAUUCUGGAAGUCAAGGGAGCGAACAGCUCUCAAAAAGCAGAUGCGCUUGCGGACCAUAUCCGCAAAGCCGUCGCUAACAAGGAGGGGGUGCGGAUCUCGAGGCCGACGAAGCUCGGAGAGAUCCGCAUCAAGGAUCUCGACGAGUCUGUUACCGACAGAGAGAUCCAGGAGGCGGUGGCUCGGUCGGGGGAAUGCGACCUGGCCGAAAUUAAAGUCGGCCAGCUCAGGAAGGCUCCUGGCGGAAUGGUAACUGUGUGGGUGCAAUAUCCGCUGGCGGUGGUCAAGAGGGUCGCCGACAAAGGAAGGAUUAGGGUGGGCUGGGCGUCGGCAAGAGUCGAAUUGCUCGACGCCCGCCCAUUGGUGUGCUUCCGCUGUCUCGAGCGGGGGCACGUUAGGCAGCAGUGCCGGAACCCCAUCGAUAGGAGCAACACCUGUUACAGGUGUGGCCGGGAGGGGCACAGAGCGCAAGGGUGCACGGAAGAGCCCAAGUGCUCUGUGUGCACUGCCCGAGGACUCCCGGCCAAACACGAGGCGGGAGGUGCUGCAUGUCCCCCCCGUAAAAAAAGGACAUAA